UGUGGGUAUGAGCGUGUUUUUCGUUUGGCAAUCGUCUAGCUAGUUCAAACCAGACGCAGCUUCUGUAAAAUAAAGUCAAAGUUGUCGUCAAAGUCUUCCGUCUUAGUUUAUAUGGACACAUGACGCACAUAUGUACACACAGACAUAAAUAAUAUUACUAAUUAAUAUUACAGUCAAAAAACGAAAGAAAAGAAGUCACGUGAGGUUUGGAGGAGAGCUACAAAGACACGAGAAGAAAAGGAGGAACAAAAGUAGCCCAAGUGGACGCGUAUCACCCGAGCGGAGCGGAGCGCGUCUUUAUUAGGAGCAGAAUGUUCGGAAUGAUAAAGAAUUCGCUCCUCGGAGGGACGGAGGAGACGCCGUAUAAAAUACUGACCUCAGAAACCAAGGGUGAUUUGAACUAUGAGGUCAGACGCUAUGAUGGUGGUAUGUUUGCCACGGUGAAUGUUGACGGAAAAUCAUUCGAUGAAACGUCGGGCGAGGCCGUUCUGAAACUCCUCAAAUACGUGGGGGGAAGCAACGACAAAGGUAUCGGGAUGGGAAUGACGGCUCCAGUGUCAAUCACGGCGUUCCCGAAGGAGGACGGAUCCCUGUCCGGGAAGCUCAACGUCGGGAUCAGAAUUCCCACCAAAUUCCAGUCGGAUCCUCCCAGCCCGACCGACGAGACGGUGAAAAUUGAGCAGAGAUCUGGGAUGACUGUCUAUUCAACUCAGUUUGGUGGCUAUGCUAAGGAGGUGGAUUAUCGCUCUCAUGCUGCCAGGCUGAUGGCAGCGUUGGGGGACAGCGCCCCCUAUCAGCGAGGGCAGUACCUGUGCAACGGCUACGACCCUCCAAUGAAACCGUACGGCCGUCGCAAUGAGAUCUGGCUCCUGCAGGAGGAGCCCUAGAGCUCAAACGAUCAGAGAGAAUGAUGCAGCUGUGCCAUAAUGAGAGUCCCCCCCCCUCCCCUCCCUCCCCCCCCCCCACAGUAAAAGCACAGCAAAGUGUAAUAAAACACAGUUCAAGCAUAGGGCAGCAUUGUAAAACAGAGAGGUCUGGUAAAGCAUAGGGAAGCAUUGUAAAGCUCAGAGAGGUGUGGUAAAGCAUAGGGAAGCAUUGUAAAGCACAGAGAGGUCUGGUAAAGCAUAGGGAAGCAUUGUAAAGCACAGAGAGGACCGGUAAAGCAUAGGGAAGCAUUGUAAAGCACAGAGAGGUCUGGUAAAGCAUAGGGAAGCAUUGUAAAGCACAGAGAGGUCUGGUAAAGCAUAGGGAAGCAUUGUAAAGCACAGAGAGGUCUGGUGAAGCACAGGGAAGCAUUGUAAAGCACAGAGAGGUCUGGUAAAGCAUAGGGAAGCAUUGUAAAGCACAGAGAGGUCUGGUAAAGCAUAGGGAAGCAUUGUAAAGCACAGAGAGGUCUGGUAAAGCAUAGGGAAGCAUUGUAAAGCACAGAGAGGUCUGGUAAAGCAUAGGGAAGCAUUGUAAAGCACAGAGAGGUAUGUUAUUAAGGUGUCAGUUGUUCUUUAUCACCACCAGGGAGCAGCAAAAUAUAACUCUGUUCAGUUUGACGCUACAGUAUAAUAUAGAAUCCCUUCUUCUUGGGGUCUGUGUUAGUUUACUACAUUCUGAAAAGAGUUUAGUGUCAUUAAAGCUGCAGGCAGACAGACAGACAGACAGACAGACAGACAGACAGACAGACAGACAGACAGAGCCCCACAAUCCUGUUCAGUUUGACGCUACAGUAUAAUAUAGAAUCCCUUCUUCUUGGGGUCUGUGUUAGUUUACUACAUUCUGAAAAGAGUUUAGUGUCAUUAAAGCUGCAGACAGACAGACAGACAGACAGACAGACAGACAGACAGAGCCCCACAAUCCUGUUCAGUUUGACGCUACAGAAUAAUAUAGAAUCAAAUAAAUCGCCACACAAAUAUAUAAUUGCACCUUCAAAAAUAUUAUGACUUUUAUUGAUGCGUUACAAAUAUGAAUACAAAUAAAAAUCAUACCAUAUAUAAUUAUACAUAUUUAUAUAAUUAAGGAUUUUCAAUAGAAAUUGGUAUAAAUAUAUAUUUUCAAAAAUGGUGAUGAAAGAAAAGUGGAAAAUGAGAAUUUCUUUUUUGGGGGGGGGGGGGGGGGUGUUAAUAAAAUAUUCAGACUUUGUAUGCUUGGUCCUGUGUUUGAAAUUCCUGAUGUUAAUUUAGCAUUUCCUGGUUCGAAUUACGUCAAUUCUGCCACUUCAGUUUUGUAUUAAUUGUGCAAUAAAUUGUUACUUAUUUUAACAUAGAUAUGAAAUAAAAUAUAGAUUUCAAUUCUU